AUGUGUAGUCUAACAGCGCCUGAACAACUUCCAGAAAACACUAUGAUUUACGGCGAGGAUUGCCAGAGACGUGUAGCCUCAGAGCGACCGAUGCCUCAGAGUUUACAGUUGGAUUUUCUCAGCAAAAUCCUUCCAAACUAUCAUCACCUUAUUCUAGCCAAAAUGGACGGUCAACAAUAUCAAAUGCAGCCUGGUGGCGGUCCGGUUAGACCACAGGUGCAAAGGAACCCACAAGUUAUGCCAUCUCAGAUGCAACAGCAUCGUCAGCCGCCUCAACAAUAUCAACAGCAGCCUAUGAUCCAGCAGCCACCACCACAACAAGAUCCCUUUAUGACGUAUGAAAAUCCCGAAGUGCCUAUUGUCCCGUCACUGCUUGCUGAUCAGCAGUCACUUCAUCGAAUUGAUCCUUUCUUUGGCUCUCAGCCUCGCGGAAAUAUGAUGCAGGAGGUCUUUAUUCAGGGGUUAGUAUCGAUUGGACAGAAGCCUUUGCUAUUGUCGAGGCUGCGUGGUCUGUGUAAAGAUCACAGUGCAUUUACGGAUCAAGAGGAGUCGUACUCCUUCCAAGGGUUACCCGCUUCUGUGACUACUGCGACACCCACUUUCGUUAAUUUUCGUGUUCGUCGAACUGUGCAACCGAAUAUACGCGAGUAUAUUAGUAGACCCGUGAUUAGGUACCUUGGUGCAGUGGAAUCUACUGAUCGUGCAAGUAUUUCUCGACGCAGUUAUAUAGAGGCCUCAGCACACGGUUCAAUAAGCAAUUUCCUAAAGUGCUUAGGCUUCAAACAGGACUUUGAGUUCAUUGCUGAGGGUCAUAUUUUCAUUCGAGGUCGAGCUAAGGCUCUUGUCUAUUCGGUCUAUGAAGUCGUUUAUCAUCAGGAGAUGCAAAUGUCGGUGGCCAAAAAAGGCAGAAACCUGGUUCCGAAUAGCCUGAUGGUAGAAGUGACUGCCAUUGGAAGCCCUUCUGAUGACACCCUUCAGCGCGAAGUCGUGGAAUUGAUGGAACUUCUUCAUCCCAUUGUGGUUCCCGGUUUUAUCGACUAUGGUCGUCUCGCUAUGCGCUGA